GCUGCCGGGGUGGAGUGGCGGCCAAACGUGGGUGGUUGGGCUUGCGGGGCCUGCGGGCACGCGCGCGCUCGGCGGCCGAAGUCCCUCGGGAAGUAGCGGAGCGCCAGACGCCAGCCCGCACGCGCCGCCCGGCGGCCGACGGCGCACGCGGGGGCGGGGGUGGUGCGUGCGUGUGUGCGCGCGGGUAUGUGUGGAGCGCGGGUGAGAAACGCGAGCCGUCGCUCCCCGGGUGCGAGUUCCCUGCCGUCUUCCACAUCGCCCCUGCACCCCCGGUCCUCUCCGGCAGCCUCCAGUGCCCUCACAGUUGCGCACCGGGCGAACGCCGGAGGAAGCAGGUGUGGGGGGUGACGGAGGUGUCACCAGACAAAAGGGGCGCAGGGGUCAGCCCGCCAUGGCCACCCGGAGCCUGGGGGGCCUGAGCGGGAGCCGCGCCGGCGGCAAGAAGAACCUGAGCGCACGAAACGCUGCGGUGGAGAGGAAGAACCUGAUCACCGUGUGCAGGUUUUCUGUGAAGACCCUGAUUGAUCGGUCUUGCUUUGAGACAAUUGAUGACUCUUCUCCUGAAUUUAACAAUUUUGCGGCUAUAUUGGAACAGAUCCUAAGUCACCGGCUAAAAGAGAUAUCCCAAAGUUGCAGAUGGCUGGCUCAUCUCCAAAUACCUCUUCAAGGUCAAGUAACCUGGUUUGGUUAUGAAAGUCCACGUAGCUUCUGGGACUAUAUCAGAGUGGCUUGCCGGAAAGUUUCACAGAAUUGUAUCUGCAGCAUUGAAAAUAUGGAAAAUGUCAGUUCCUCUAGAGCUAAGGGUAGAGCCUGGAUCAGAGUAGCACUCAUGGAAAAACAUUUAUCUGAAUACAUCUCUGCAGCCUUGAGAGACUUCAAAACAACCAGGAGAUUUUAUGAAGAUGGAGCAAUUGUCUUGGGUGAGGAAGCAAAUAUGCUUGCUGGCAUGCUGCUUGGACUCAAUGCUAUUGAUUUCAGCUUCUGUUUAAAGGGAGAAGGAUUGGAUGGCAACUUUCCUGCUGUAAUAGACUAUACACCAUAUUUGAAGUUUACCCAAAGUUCUGGUAGUAUCAGCAGUGAUGAGGAAGAACUAAGGACUUUGGGAAGCAGUGGUAGUGAAAGCAGCACUCCAGAGAAUGUUGGGCCUCCAUUCAUCACCGAUGAGAAUAGUUGGUUCAACAAAUGUAAAAGAGUUAAACAAAAGUAUCAACUAACCCUGGAGCAGAAGGGUUAUCUUGAAGAACUGUUACGACUUCGAGAGAACCAGCUGUCUGAAUCAGUCUCCCAGAACAAAAUACUACUUCAAAGGAUUGAAGAUUCUGAUUUGGCCCAUAAAUUGGAAAAAGAACAAUUAGAAUAUAUAAUUGUGGAACUUCAAGAUCAGCUGACUGUGCUAAAGAAUAAUGAUUUAAGAUCAAGACAAGAGUUAACUGCCCACCUCACCAACCAGUGGCCUUCCCCAGGAGCUCUGGAUGUCAAUGCUGUUGCCUUGGAUACGUUGCUUUACCGAAAACACAAUAAACAGUGGUAUGAAAAAAGUUAUCAAAGUCUUGACCAGUUAUCAGCUGAAGUUAGCCUUUCUCAGACUUCACUGGAUCCAGGUCAAUCACAAGAAGGAGAUGGAAAACAGGACACAUUAAAUUUAAUCAGUGAAGGUAAAGAAGAUACUCCUUCAUUACUUGGUCUCUGUGGGUCUCUAACAUCAGUGGCAAGUUACAAAUCUCUAACAAGUCUAAAAUCUAAUGACUACCUUGCAAGUCCUACAACAGAGAUGACAAGUCCGGGUCUAACUCCAUCCUGAAAAUUCUUAUGUAAAAGUCAAAAGGUUUUAUGUUCCAUAGGUUCUCUUUACACACAUUGGACUGCUGGGAAAGCCCUGGGAAUUUUAUAUUGUUCUGGCACAUGUCUGGAGUUCUAUUGCUCAUAUUAGAGAAUUCAAAUUACUCCAUGUAAACUUGUGUAAAAAAAAAAAAAUCCUGCCAUUUUUUUUUUAUUCUUAUAUUUGUCACUGGGAUGUUUAAAAAUGAAUAGGCUUAAAAAAACUUUCAAAGAUUCUCUAAAUUAUUAGUCCAUUGCACACUGUAUGUUGCAUAUUUAUUCAGUUGAAUUUCAUAUAUUUAAACAUCAUAGUUCCUAGAGAGUAGGCUUGCUAUUUUAUUACAGAGACUUGUUAUGCAUUUUCUUUUGGUUUUUUUCAAUGAUUAAGUUUUCUAGAAUGAAAAUUUAAUUUUUCAUUAUUUUUUGUUUAGGCUCUAGCAUUCAGAUACCUUGUUUUUAAUGUGAGAUGGUUCUUGGCUACAGUUUCUCAAUGAUUUAUUCAGUUUUUCUUUAACAGUUAUCAUUUAAUGUCAACUUAACAUUCCACUUACUGUUUUAUAAAUUUUGUAGGAAUGUACCUUUAGGUGGUAAUUAAGUUAGGGUUCUAGAGAAAAUAUUUUGCAGUAUUUGAGACCAUUUAGGUAAAAUGAAUAAAUUUCAUAUUUUUGUUUUACCAAGAUUUUCUUAAAAGGUUAUCAAUUUAAAAAUUGAUCAAAUAUGCAUCAAAAGUUGGAAACUUUUAAAAGUGUAGACCAGAAGUUUAAAAAAAUAUUUUAUCAGAAAAGAUUUCAAAUUCAAUUAAGGAUCUGAGAACUUUUUAAGAAUCAGAAAGGUAAUCACCAAACUUAAUAUCUGACACAUAGUACUAUUUUAUCUUCCCUUAUAUGCACAAUGAAUUGUGUCAUUUAUGUUUUGCAGGUUCUAGCACUAAUCAUGCCAUAAUCUCAUUUAGAAACUGAUGCUAAUAUAAAAAUCCCUGUACUUCUGCAGAUGAAAGAUUUUCUUAAAAAAAAAAAACAACAACACAACAAAACCACAACUCUGAGCUGUAUUUUAAAUCUUUUUGCACUAUUUGGAACAACUCUACAUUUUUUCCCUAAAAAUUCCACCACAUUGAAAGAGAAAAUCAUAGGAAGUAUAUUUUCUAUAGUAAGUAAUAUGAGGAAAACAUGAUCAGUUGUGCCAAAGAAGUUUUAUACACUAUUUACAUGAAGAAGCUACACUUAUUGGGGACUUCAUAUGCUAUUUUUGUUUAUUAAAACAUUACAUUCAACAUAGUAGCUUUGACAUAUGGAAAAACUGUUCUUCCUAAAACAGUAUAUUUUAUUGAGAGGAGGCAAGAAGAACUGAACUUAUCACAUUCAUUCUUUGAAUUAGAAAUGUAGGAGUGUGGAGGUUUUAUACAAUAUUUAGAGCUUUACUCUCAUAAUUUGGAAUUUAAGAUAAUAAUAAUAAGGCUAGUCUUACAUGUAAGACAGUUCAAACAAUAUCAUUUCAGGGACAAAAGAGGCCUAGAAGCCCUUAUAAGAAGUUACUUUAGAUGUAUCAGAACAUAUUCAGAGCUUUAUUCCUUUAGCUUAAGGCUUUAGUACUUGUAGAAACACAAAUAUUCUUGAGAAAUGGUACUUUCAAUCAAUUCUUAACUCUGUAUGCUUUACUGUGAGUGAGGUAUGAUCAGCAUGGGGGAUGGAAGGAAGGUGUAAAAUGAGAGGACAGGAAACCUUGGGAGAAGGGAGUAAGAACUGGCUAUGGAGGAAGAGAACUACAAAAACUUGAGACUGGCCUUAAGCACUUUUGCUGCUUUCCUAAUCAGAAUGUUAGGCUUUAUCAUUUAUGGUGCACUCUCAGCUGAAAUUUAUGGUCCUUCAGUAACUAAAAAAAAUCACUGAUAAAUUUUUUUCAUACAUUUUUAUAGAAAGGAAAAUUCAAGAUUCCAUAAUUGAGAAAAAAUUUUCAGAUUUGUUUAAUGUUUACAGUAACUUGUGCAUCUUAACAUACUGCUAAAUGCAGAUUUAAACAUGACAUCUGAGAAUCAUAACUUUUCCUCCUUUCUUGGAGCUCUUGGUAUAAAAUUCAUCUGCUAAUUUGAAUUCAGAUUUCUACACAGUUCAUUCCACACUAGCUGUAAGGGUAGUUUGUUAAUGUUUGCAUGAAGAAACAAUGUACGUCCCAAUCUUUAAUUUUAGGUGGUAGUAUUUAUUGUUUGUACAGCCUCUCCAAAAUAGAAUGCUGAAUUAUAUGCUAAUAUUUAAAUGUGCAUUUUGUUGCCUUGAUGUACUAUACUUGUUGCAUGUAUAUUAAACAUUUUGUACCAUGUAUUAGUAGUCUUAUUUUCCUCUUGACAAAAAGUUACUUGGAUAUAAUUGUUCACUGAACUUUUGUUUCAACAAAUGUGGUAAAUGUCUGUUCACACCUGAAAUACUAAUAUGAAAAUGGUUUUGGAGAAAUCCUUUUUUCUCAUAAAUUAAAUACUUUUUAUUUAAAAAAAAUAACAUGACAAGCUUUAGCAUACACAGUAGCUACUGAAGUGGUACAAUACAGCAGUGGUGUUGACAGUGUUGCUAAUUUAUAUAAUCACCAUGUUUGUUUUCUCAUUUGUAAGAUAGAAACAUCGCCAAGGUGAUGAUAUCAGCAUUAAAUACAGUCAUAUGCCUAAAUCCUUAAGAGGUAAAUGCCAAAUAUAAGCUAUUAUUAUAACCAACAGGAACCUUAAAAUGCAGGUGAAUAAGUUUUUAUUUGUCAUCUUUAUUAAAUUUACAUGUACGUUUCAAGUGGCUAAAAAUGUGUUUCAAAUUUACAUUUAUGGAACUUGGUUAAAGUUCCUAUCAGCAGGCAGUAGAUCUCCACUUUUG